CCAAGAUGGCCGACUGCCGGAAGUAACUUAUCGCGAUUGACCGGAACUUUUUGAUUCGAACAAGACUCCAUCAAACCCAUAGCGUGUGAGAGUAGCUGGCAGGUGAUGUUUCUGCAGGACACAGCAUAUUUCUGAGCUUGGCAUCCUCAUGAUAUCUUCACAGCCCCAGGGGGUCGUUCCCCAGCUCAGCCCACAGGAGCUUUCCCUUCAGAUCAAGUCAUUUUUAAGUGGCUCAGACCCCCAGCAUGGGCAGAAACUAAGCCCACGUGACCAUGCCAGAUGCUCAUUGCUGCUAUUACGUUGCCUUCCACCUGCACGGCUUGCUGUACUGGAACAUCUACGAUCUGUUUUUCAUGACUGUGUCUCAUCAUUCUUAAAUGAGAGGGACUCUCAAGACUGCCUCCCACAGUCAUCAUCCUCUCAACGGAGAGGCCCACCACCACCAUCUACUCCAGGUCUGGAAGAGGUGACGCAGGAAGUACAAAAGGUGUUAGAGGAGUUCAUAAAGCUGAAUCCUCGGUCAUGGGCACCUCUCAUUUCUGCCUGGUCUAUUGAACUUAUGGGACAGUUAAGCAGCAAACAUGCAAGUAGACAGGGCAUGCCACACUCUACAAGUCUCAAUGAACUGUUGCAACUUUGGAUGUCCUGUGGAGCUACACGCGUUCUUAUGGACAUCUACACACUUUGUCUGUUUACCAUGAUUGACAGCUGCCCAGAUGCUUGUGUAGAUGCUCUGUUGGAUACCUCUGUGCAACAUUCUCCACACUUUGACUGGGUGGUAGCUCACAUCGGGAAUUCCUUUCCAAGCACCAUAAUUAAUAGAGUGUUGACCUGUGGCCUCAAGGAUUUCUGUGCGCACAGCUCAAGUUCUGAAACUCCUGAGAAACGUGUGCCAAAGUUGGGUUCAGUGGUUGGCAUUCUGGGCCAUUUGAGCUCACGCCAUGGAAAUAGCAUUCGUCAAGAGAUUCUCAGAAUGUUUCAUGAAAGUUUGCGCCCUGGGAGCAAGCAUCAAAGGGCAACAUUACCUUAUCUCCUACAACUUGCAGCUCUCUCACCAUCUUUAUUGGGAACUGUCUGCCAAGACUUGGUGGACUCUUUGAAGCCCUCCACACUGGCCCAGCUGCAGCAGCACUGUUCUACACUUCCUAGAGAGGAACUGGACAAUAUGCUAAAUUUAUGUAUCCACCUGGCAUGUCAGACAUCCACAGGUGCCCCACGGCUGUUGCGUUUUCUUCUGGAUACAGCAAUGCCAGCCUCUGUUAUAACAACCCCAGGACUUGCAGUACAUGAUUCUGUGAGGGAAGCUUGUGAUCGUAUUGUAAGGCUUCUGCUACUCAGCCUUCAGAAACAGGUCUAUGGAAGGACAGCGGGAAGAGCAGCAUCUGAUACUCCACCAAAAGCUGUGCCUUUCUUGGAUGCAAUGAGGGGAUAUUUGCCAGAAUUGUGUGCGGAAAUGCUUCGCUUAGAAAGGAAACGCCAUCUGUGGCUUCAUCAACUCUUGGGUCUACUCUGCAUAUAUAGUAGCCCCCCAUGUGCCCCAGAAGCACUUUGCCUUUUACUCACCUUGGCCCAGAGUUCUGAGGAGUUGGGCCUAGCAGUUCAGCUUCAUGCAGUGCUGUCUUCCUCUAUGCAAGGUUUAGCUCAAGCAGCAGUAAUACGUUGUGUGGCUCAGGUUCAUGCUGGUGCCCUGACAGAUAAGAGAGCACUUCAGCUGUUGCAAAAUCUGGCACUAAUUGUUCAGAGUGAAGAAGGUGGCAUGGGUAGGGAGGUAGGAGUGGCGCUUUCUGAGUACUUAUCUGAUUUUGGACAGCUUCUAUUGCACAGCAAUCCUGCAGUGUGUGAAGCUGCCGGUCUGCUACUGUGCUGCUGCCCGUUACCUUCAUCUAUACCUUCAGCCCAGCUCCAUCUUCUUAUUCGCUCAGCUUCUUACCUGCUCUUCCAUUCCAUGCAUAUACGUAGUAGUGCUGGAAUAAGCAGUGCUUCCAGACUGCUCUUAAGGCUCUGUAAAGUAUCUCAUGCUGCUAGGAAAUCUGUAUUACACCAGCUAGUAGAAGGGGCUCUGCAUCAGGGAAAUGUAGGGCUUUUUGGAGGGCACAAUUCAAAACCAGCUCCUCAAAACCUAGAGGGAGCAUCUGCCUCCCUUUUGGAGAAUAACAGCCAUCUUGGCUCAACUGUAGACUUCUCAGGAAGUGUGUGGUCUGUCUUUCAUGCAGGUGUCAUUGGUUUGGGGCUAAAACCUGAAGUAAAACAUAGACAGUGUGGCCAGGUAGAAUGUAUAGAAAACACCCAAAGCCUUCUUUCCCUCUUAUGCUCCUGCUGUGCCAAAACUGAAGAGGAUGGGCUGCUGAUUACAUUGGAUCCUGAAGCACUUAAGACGUUGGCUGUAACAAUAACUGAAUGUGCUUGCCCUGAUGUGACAAAUAGUGAGUUGUCUUGGCCUCCUGAAGAGCAUGCACGAACCACAGUACAAAGAGACCUGCUGAUUUACACUUGCUUCCGGAGGAACCCAUUACUUUUCCAGCUUCUCCAUCUAGUUGCUCAGGGUCGCCCUGCCCUUUGCUACUGCUCAGUUCUGCUUAGAGGUCUUUUAGCUGCGUUGUUAGCACAUUGGGAAGCAUCACGCGAGUCAUCUUCUGCACACUCACCUUGGCAUCUCAUGGCAUCUUGUGAAUUAGUGUCUUGCAUGGGUGAAGGACAGCUGCUUCCUCCAGCACUUGCAAAUAUGCAUGAGAUGUUUUCCCUCCUUGCACCAUAUGAAGUCCGUCUGCUGCUUCUCAGUGUCUGGGAAUUUGUUCGCGAAAAUGGGCCAUUUCCCCAAAGGUUUGUGUUCCAGGCAGGUAGAGGGAUAUUUAGUAGAGACUUUACUCGAGAAGGUGAUCAUACAAAAUACAUGAGUAUUGUACAUAGUGUUUUACACCGUAACAUUGACCGUCUUGGGCUGUUGUCUGGCAGGUUCCAGUUGUGACAUAAAACAUUGACUAUUAUGUUACAGUAAUUAUCCACUGAAUAUAUCUACAUGAAUUGAAUACAUUUGUUUUCUGCAGUAUUUUAAUGUUUCCUGUGACAACACAAUGUAAAUAAAGAAGACAUUGUUACCCUCCAGACAUGAACAUAGAAGUGAUAAAUUGUAGAAG